GAAAAGGACGGGCUUAAUCUGGGAAUAAAACCGGAGUUGCGUAUUUGUCGUUUCGAUCGCUUAUAGGACUGCGCAUCCCUAGAAUCACUUUCAUAUUGAUUUCAUAGGACUGCAGUGGUCGGAGAGAUGCUGUGAAUAGGAGAUAUUUCUUUAAUUGCAUAUCUUCGAAUAGUUGCAUUAUGGGUCUGCAGACCGUGUUCCGCGCGGUGAUCAUGGGGGCCCCGGGCUCCGGGAAGGGGACCGUUUCUGCUCGGAUAGCGCAGACUUUCGGGCUCAAGCAUCUCUCCAGUGGGGACUUGCUGCGGGCCAAUAUCGAGGCGAAGACAGAUUUGGGUCUUCUGAUGAAGUCGUGUAUCGAUCAGGGUCAGCUGGUUCCUGAUGAUGUCAUCUCGCGUCUCAUCCUGUCCAGUCUGAGGGGAAUCGAGCGGACCAGCUGGCUGCUGGACGGGUUUCCUCGCACCGGGGCUCAGGCCGAGGCCCUGGACGCCGUGUGUGAUGUGGACUCUGUUAUAAACCUGGAUGUGCCUUUCCAGACCAUCAGAGAGCGCCUGACGUCCCGCUGGGUGCACCUUCCCAGCGGCAGGGUCUAUAAUAUAGACUUCAACCCGCCCAAGAAGCCGGGUCUUGAUGAUGUCACAGGAGAACCGCUGGUCCAGAGAGACGACGACAGUCCCGAAACUGUGUCCAGAAGACUGAAGGACUAUGAGAGACAGACACAACCGGUUCUAGAGUACUACAGGAGUAAAGGAGUGUUGGAGACAUUCUCAGGAACUGAAACCAACAAGAUAUGGCCUCACGUUCAUGCCUUCCUGACCAGGAAAAUCCCAGGAAUCCAGCAGGCUAUGGGAAAAGCCUGAUUCUACAACAAAACACAAGGACUUUUACAACACCUGAAGUACACUGUCUGAAGAAGCACAACGCACCUCUGUGGCCUGAAGCGGUCUACUGUAUUUACACGCUGAAGCCUUUAGUGUCGCAGCUGGUUUAUGACAAGUUAGUGGCAAACUAAAGGUUUAUCGUCAAACUGGUCUUCUGAACACUAGCGCUGCCAUCUUAAGCAAACAAACUAGCUUCGAGUGUUAUAGGCAUGCUAAUAGUCGACUCU